AUGCUCAUUGAUCCAGCUUUCAUGCCAUGGGCAGAAGGCAAAGGCGUCAAACUCAAGGGUGUCGAACCCCGAAUCCUUCCUGGUCGAGGUAUCGGUAUUGUGGCUGUUCGUGAUAUCAGAGCAAACGAAACUAUACUGAGUGUGCCGACAAGAGCGCUUCGCACAAUUGACACAGUCCCAAAACAUAUCAAGGAGGCUCUUCAUGGCGUUUCGGUUCAUGGCGUCUUGGCUGCCGAAAUUGCGCUCGAUGACAGUGAUGACUUUGCUGUCUGGAGAACAGUUCUUCCGACUAGAGAAGACCUAGAGGGCGGCAUGCCUAUGAUGUGGCCGAGUGAGCUCCAAGCCCUUCUCCCAAAGCGAGCCAAAGAUCUCUUGGACAAUCAGAAUACCACAUUCCGGCGCGAGUGUGAGAUUGUCCUGAAAGCCUUCCCUAAACUGACAAGAGACGAAUAUCUAUACUGCUGGGUUCUGGUCAACACACGAACAUUCUUCAAUAGCAGCCCAAAAAUGAAGAGCUACCCUCAUGCUGAUCGACUGGUCUGCAUGCCAACGGCUGACCUUUUCAACCAUGCUGAUCAAGGAUGCAAACUCGCCUACUCUGCUCUCGGAUACAGCGUUCAGACCGACCGAGUAUACAAGCAGGGUGAGGAAGUCUACGUCUCUUAUGGUCCCCACUCGAAUGACUUUCUUUUGACAGAAUACGGCUUCAUUCUGGACACAAAUCGCUGGGAUGAGGUAUACCUAGACGAAGUGAUCCUACCACUACUGAACAAGACACAGCGCGCCGAGCUCAAAAGUGUCGACUUUCUUGGCAGAUAUACACUCGACGACCAGACUAUUGGAUGUCAUAGAACACAAGUCGCAUUGCGGAUGCUGUGCUGUUCUCCGAGACAGUGGCAACGGUUCUUCGAUGCCGGUGAUGAUGGACGAUCCUCACAGGUCGAGGUAGACAAUCUUCUGUUGACAGCUUUGAAGGACUUUUUGCGUAUCAUAGAAAAGACACGGAAUGACAUUGAUGAGAUAGAAGGCGGUUCGAGUAGCCAGAGGGAGCUGUUAAGGCGCCGAUGGCAGCAAUGCGAAGCGAUGGUCACGAAGGCGACAGAGAAGAUGACCGGAGACGCCUAG